AUGUUGCUUCAGCUGCUGCUGUGUCGUCGCAGAUCAAGGCAGCACGGGAUGAGGCUCCCUGCUGCUGCUGCUGCUGCUGCUGCUGCUGCUGCUGUUUGCUGCGUGUGCUUGUUGUUUGUUGCAGCAGCAGCUCCUGCUGCUGCAACUGCAGCAGCAGCUCCUGCUGCUGCAACUGCAGCAGCAGCAACAGCAGCAGUAGGCAGCACGCUUGCUGCUGCAGCAGAAACAAACAGCAGCAGCUGCUGCACCGCCUGGCUGCUGCUGCAGCCGUCUUCAUUUUGCUGCCGCUCGCGGACCGGUGCAGCAGCAGCAGCAGCAGCAGCAGCAACAGCAGCAGCAGCAGCAGCAGCAAGAGAAGAUUGCUGCCUCAACGCGUCGCUGCACGCGCCACUAUCAGUGCUGCAGCAGCUGCAGCAGCAGCAGCAGCAGCAGCAACAGCAGCAGCAGCAGCAGCAGCAGCAGCAAUUUCCAGCAGCUCCUGCUGCUGCAACUGCAGCAGCAGCAACAGCAGCACUAGGCGGUACGCUUGCUGCUGCAGCAGAAACAAACAGCAGCAGCUGCUGCAGCGGCUGGCUGCUGCUGCAGCCGUCUUCGUUUUGCUGCCGCUCGCGGAGCGGUGCAGCAGCAGCAGCAGCAACAGCAGCAGCAGCAGCAGCAGCCAGAGAAGAUUGCUGCCUCAACUCGCCGCUGCACGCGCCACUAUCUGUGCUGCAGCAGCUGCAGCAGCAGCAGCAGCAGCAACAGCAGCAGCAGCAGCAGCAGCAGCAGCAGCAGCAAUUUCGUCUGUAUGCACAUCACCCGCAGAAGAAGGGAGCCAAACACUGGAAUAGAACACGCCCCAAAAAAACGCGGCCUUCUUCAAUAAACAGCAAACCCACCCCCAACCAAAAGGACCCAACCACCUUCGCCAAUGCACCGCCAGAGUAUCUCGCUAUACCCGAUGAGGAGGGUUUGAAGGCGUUGAGUGCUGCGCCGCUGCAGAAGCUGCUGCUGCUGCUGCAGCAGCAGCAGCAGCAGUGCAGCAAAGACAGCAGCAGCUUGCUGCGGGCCCCUGUAGCAUGCGAGGUGCGGAUGCCUCGGUAUACAGCAGCAGCAGCAGCAGCAGUUGCUGCUGCUGUUGCUGCUUCAAGCCCUGGGGAAGCAGCAGCAGCAGCAGCAGCAGCAACAGAAGCAGUAGCACCAGCACUAGCAGAAGAAGCAGCAGCAUAUGCAGCAGCACUGCGAUCUGCUGCUGAGGCUGCUGCAGCAAAAGCAGCAGCUGCUGCUAAAGGGCUUGCUGCUGCAGCAGAAGGAGAAGGAAUUGCUGCUGCUGCUGCUGCUGCACUCGAUACAGCAGCAGCGCAGCAGCUGCAGCAGCUAUCCAGGGACCCGCAGCUCCACCAGCUGCUGCAGCAGCUGCAGCAACUCGCAGAGAAAAACCAUACAAAGACAACCAAGAAGCAACACCAGCAGCAGCAGCAGCAGCAGCAGCAGCAGCAGCAGCACCAUCCCCAUCAUCCCCCUCAUCCCCCUCACCAUCACCACCACCACCACCCCCAUCAGCAGCAUCAGCAGCAUCAGCAGCAGCAGCAGCAGCAGCAGCAGACCCAGCAGCAGGAGUAUCGUUGCUGCGUCUUCGUCGCGGCUGACGGUGUGUCUGCUGAGGUGCUGCUGCAGCCUGGGGCGCUGCAGCAGUUUGGUUUGCUGCGGGAUUUGCCUUUUACUUCUUUUGUGAAAAGUUAUUUACACAGACACUCGAAACCCUGGCAGCAUCCUGCUGCUGCUGCUGCUGCUGCUGCUGCAGCACGUGCUGCUGCUGCUGCUGCUGCUGCUGCUGAUGCUGCCGAGGGGAGUCCUGAUGCUGCAGAGAAGCAGCAGCAAGCGAAAGAUGCUGCUGCUGCUGCUGCAGCAGCAAGAGCAGCUCUAAGGACUGCUGCAAUACAACGCCUGCAGGAGUUGGGUUUAGUAACAGCAGAUGGUCAGCCUGAGUUGCUGCAGCUGCGAGCGAUGCAGGUAGCGCUGCAGCAGCAGCAGCAGCAGCAGCAGCAGCAGCAGAAGCUGCCUCGUUAUAUAUCUGCAGCAGAGCAGCAGCAGCUGCUGCAGCAGCAAAGGCUGCGGCCACGCUCUCGAUUCGCCCGCAUUAUAAACAGAGUCACAACGCAUGCACGUGCUGCAGCAGCAGCACUAAACCUUCCUCUUCUCGGUACCAAGAAACAAAGAAAAGCAGCAGCAGCAGCAGCAACUGCUGCUGCUGCUGCUGCUGCUGAUAUGCAAGACACAGAGGUCUUUGCUGCACCUUCACAAGUACUAAUAGGAGGCCGUCAAUGGACUGCAGCAACCCAGCAGCAGCAGCAGCAGCAGCAGCAGCAGCAGCAGCAACAGCAGCAGCAGCAGCAGCAGCAGCAGCAGCUGAGGGGACCAAUGGCCCGGGCAGCAAAGCGUAUGGAGAAGCGGCGGUUGCUGCAGCAGAAGCUGCAGCAGCAGCAGCAGCAAGAGCAGCAAGAGAGACGUCGUUUGCUGCUGCUUGCUGCUGCAGCAGGAGGAGUGUUUGAUGCUUUAGCAGCAGCAGAUUACCCUGCAUAUAAACCCCUAACCGAUCCAGCACAACUAGAGUUGUAUCUUGAGGCGGAGUACAGGCAGCAUUCGCUGCUGCGGGAUCUAACAAAAGAGCUGAAGCAGCUGCUGCAGUCGAAUGCUGCUGCACUGCAGCAGCAGCAGCAGCAGCAGCAGCAGCAGCAGCAGCAGCAGAAACCCACAGGGGUUAGGUUUUCUGCGUUUAUAACGGAGUGGAUGAAACUAUCGAAGCGUCGGCGUCGUUUGCUGCUGCAGCAGGAGCUGCGAGAGCAGCAGCUGCAGCAGCAGCAGCAGCAGCAGCCGCAGCAGGGGCGGCGUGCUCUGCGUCGGCAGCAGCAGCAGCAGCAGCAACUUGCUGCUGACCCUCGUCUCCUCCUGCGGCAGCUUCGCCGCAAAUUCGAGCUGGGGCUGCUGCCGCUGCACCCGCCUGCUGCUGCUGCUGCUGCUGCUGCUGCUCCUGCUGCUGCUCCUCCUGCUGCUCCUGCUGCUGCUGCUCCUGCUGCUGCUACUGCUGUCCUGCUGCUGCUCCUCCUGCUGCUCCUGCUGCUGCUGCUCCUGCUGCUGCUACUGCUGCUAGCUCUCUCCCCUGCAGCUCAAGAACCUUUCUGGCGGCUUCGUCGCACCACAGCCCGCUGCGGCUGCCGCUGCAGCAGCCCCAAAUUACCAGCAGCAGCAGCAGCAGCAACCGCAGAAGCAGCAGCAGCAGCAGCAGCAGCAGCAGCAGCAGCAGCAGCAGGACGCGGCAUUUCUGCUGCCCCGCGGGUGCUUUGGCUGUCCCCAGCGUAG